AUGAGUUUUAAGUUACAAGGACACGAGCAUCUUGUAUCUUUGAUUGACUAUCGUGUUAAAUUCGAAUGCAAAGCUUGCGAUCGUUCAUAUGGUGGUGGUGGCCUCUCAUGCGGUGAAUGCAGUUUUGCUAUUCACAUGAAAUGUGCAUUUGUGUUCAUGAUAAAUGACAUAUUCGACCAUCCUUCUCAUGACGGGCAUUGUCUUAAGCUUCUCACAACCGGAGCUCCUGAUCCCACCGACCCAAAAUGCCAUCUUUGUGGUAAAGACACCAACCGCCUUCUCUAUCAUUGCUCUGAUUGCAAACUCAGUUUGGAUAUUGGUUGCAUAAUUGAUUACCUCUGCUCCCGAGCCCAGCUGAAUGAGCCGUGGCACCAUCAUCCUCUCCUCAUGUUCGAUUUUGGUGUACACACGCGUUGCGACUUUUGCGGUGAGAAUUGCAAACAUGGGUAUCUCUGCCCUCGUUGCAGGUUGGUUAUUCAUGAAGGAUGUACCUACGUAUUUGAUUCACCAGAGAUUAUUCACCCUUCUCAUGUCAGGCAUCCUCUAAAGCUUAUCACCAAUGGAGCUCCAGAUUAUACAGACCAUACAUGUCAUAUAUCUGGGGGCAACGCUGGGAACUUACUUUACCAUUGUGAUAUUUGUAAGUUCAAUUUGAGUAUGCCUCUGGCGGUAACACCCACACCAGCUACUCUUUCAAAUAUGAAGGUCCAUGAGCAUACACUAACACUCAUGCCAAGAUUGAUUUCUUUCGUGUGUGAUGCUUGUGGGACGAAAGGAGACCGUUCUCCUUAUGUGUGUCUUCAAUGCGAUUUCAUGGUUCACCAAGGGUGUGCUCAUAUGCCACGUCUUAUUCACGUCAAUCACCAUGACCACCGUGUUUCGUACAAGUAUCCUCUUGGUCUUCGAGGAUUGAAAUGUGGAGUUUGUUGGGAAGAGAUUGAUUGGUCAUAUGGGGCUUAUUCUUGUUCUCUUUGUCCUUGUUAUGUUCUUCAUUCACUAUGUGCAACAAGGCAUGACGUGUGGGAUGAACAAGAGCUUGAUGGAAAACCUGAAAAGAUUGAAGAUAUCGAGCCAUUCAAGAGGAAUGAUGACAACACAAUCACUCAUUUCUGUCAUAAACAUAACCUCAUGAGCCUCAACAAAGAUGGCGAAGAAAGUAGUUUGUGUGGAGCAUGUGCUCGUCCCAUCGGUUCAAAUGCAUUCUACAAGUGUUCAGAUUCAGACUGCAGUUUCAUUCUCCAUGAAACAUGUGCUGAUCUUUCUAAAGAGAAACGUCAUUUUCUGAGCCCAACACCUCUGCCUCUUAGCCUCUACAACAAACACUACACAAAAAGUUGCAAAGCUUGUCAUCAAGCUUUUUGCCAAGGAUUCAUCUACACUAAAUAUCCAUGGUAUUAUGACUUGCUAUGCAGUUCGAUUACGGUGCCUUUUAUCCAUGCAAGUCAUGAUCAUCAUUUACUCUUCCUCCGAUUAGCAUUUGGUGGCGGCGACCCAAAGACUUGCCAGAGUUGCGGCAUUGAUGAAGAUGAAUUCGUCAUAGGUUGUAUGAAAUGCGAUUACUUUUUGGAUUUCCGUUGUGCCACUCUACCAUUAACGGUAACUCUUCCAAGGUACGAUGAUCAUCCACUUACUCUAUGUUAUGAUGAUGAAAAGGCAAGCGACACGGGAAAAUACUGGUGUAUGCCAAACCAGGAGCAAAAGUCGAUUUCUCAUUUGAGUUGCUUCCUAACAAUACAUCUUCACGACCACUUUGCCACAACUGUAAUUGCCGCUGCCCAGGUCUCUUCAUUGUUAAACAUAUGACGGAUGACAUAGUCCUUUGUUCUUAUUAUUGUUUAAAUGUUUUCCAACCGAGGGAGUUUGUUGAUGUUAGAAGC